AUGCAUGGCGAAAACAAGUUAAUUACUUACUAUGAUCUGAAUUCAACACUGGACGCAUACGCAGAUUCAUACCGUGAAGCUGCGCAUGAUAAAUUUCUCAUGAUUGAAAUUCAGACAUAUAAAGAUCCCCAGAAUGUCGAAGGAACAAUAAAACCUGAAAUCCUGAGACUUGAGCACUUAUAUCAAAGUAAAUGGGCGAAGGAAUUUCUCGAAUCAAUCGGUGCAGAAGAUAAGAAGCUGGUGAAUUUUUCUAUUGAUGAAUACAGGAAGGCAUUGGAAGAAGAUGCCUCUUUCAAUUACGCAGUUCUUGCUAAUAAAGGAUUCUACAAUCAGACAAAAACGCAUAUUUCAAAGAAAUGGGAAAAUCGAAAAACUCUCGACAUUGCAGAAGGCAAACUUUUUGCACAGACAUCAGGCAAUCUGAACAAACACAAAGUGCAAAUUGAAAUGAUAAGGAAGGAUGUUAUGGAAGCAAAGGAAGCAGUGAAAACAUCAAAAGCUAAACUUAAAGCGCUGGAAACGGUAGCUCUCAUCACAUCUAAUGCAUACACAAGUACUUCAACUUAUUUGCGAAGUGUGCGGAGGGGAAUAUUCACAAAUGACACAUUGAAUGAUGCUCGAAUUACGCAAGCGUAUCGGAAGGCUCGUUCUGAUUUUGCAGACGGCACAGAUGAACUAGGGAACAAAAUAAAACUACUGGAAAUGAAGAGGAUUGAAUUUAUGAAGUUUCAAACCACAGAAAAUAGAAUAAACUGGCUCCUGGCUGAAAUGAAGGAAGAUGCCAAGCAGUUCUACUGA